CCGCAGCAUCCCCGCGCGCCGAGCCCUCGUCCGCGUCCCCGCCGCCGCCAGCGUCUCCGCCGCCGCCGCUGCCACCGCCCCGGCCGCGGCCACCGCCGUCGCCAUUCCCGACCCGGCCCGCGGAGAACGCGCCCAGGUGUGUGUGCUCCGGUGCACGAGAGGCUGUAAUCCGGUCGCCUAGAAUGAGGCCUGUUGCCGAGGCCGGUCUCGCCUGUCUGGAGCACUGGCCCGUGCAGUCUGUGUUUUGAAAUCUCACUCUGUGUUGAGCACAUCCAGGCCGUGGGUGGUGAGGCCCUAACUGGACCCGGGGCCUGUGACCGACCAUCUGACUCUGCCGAUGGGACUUUUUCCAAGUGCACUGGGUGCCACCAACUAAACUGGCAGCAAGGGCCAGCGCCUGAGAAGAGCCCGGUGGAGGAAAUAAUGCCCUGAUUGUCACUUGGACCGUUGGUGUCUGUGCACAUCAUGUCUUGGUGAUCGUCAGCUGAAGAGAAGAAAGCUGGCUGGGAUUCUCCAGAAGAUGCAUGGUGGAUCACAGAGUACCUCCAAGUCCCCUCCUCAGGCUUCCUGUGCCAUGUCCUGGCUCUGAGACUCUUCCUGGGAUAACAGUGUGUUAGUGCUGCCCAUCCCAGGGACUCAUGGGGAGACAGCCUGCUGUCUGCAAUUCCCAGCUGGGGCAGUUGUUUCUUGAGCAGGAAGAGAGAGGAGAGCAGAAGUUUUUGAGGACUCCGGGCUAGAAGACGGAAAGCUCUGGCAGACAAGGCACAGGGCACCUUCAGAGGCUGUGCAGAGCUGCAGUGCUUUUGGAAGGAAGUGCGGGGAGCCCGCUAGGAGACCCUAGCAAGUGAGGCUAUGUGGGCCCUCAGGAACCCUGCUGCUCAAUUGGUCCACACUGUGCUGCUGGUGCCUGCCUGGGGCCUCUGAGCGUGGUCACCGACUCCUUUUGCCCAUGCGCCUUCGCUGCUGGAAACCCCGAGAGGCCCCUGCCUGUAAGGAUGGAGCUGCUGCCAGCCCUAGCGCUGGUGUUGGGGGUGGUGGCAGCAUUCGCACCAAUUCCCAGGAUCACCUGGGAGCACCAAGAGGUGGGGCUGAUGCGGUUCCACGAGCCCGGCAUCUACAACUACUCGGCCCUGCUGAUGAGCGAGGACCAGGACACCCUGUACGUGGGGGCCCGGGAAGCAGUCUUCGCACUGAGGGCGCUGGAUGUCUCCCGGAAGCUGCGCGAGGUAUACUGGGAGGUCUCAGAAGACAAGAAGGCCAAGUGCGCCGAGAAGGGAAAAUCAAAACAGACGGAAUGCCUGAACUACAUCCGGGUGCUUCAGCCUCUCAGCUCCUCUUCCCUGUACGUGUGUGGGACCAACGCAUUCCAGCCCACGUGUGACCACCUGGACUUAACAUCCUUCAAGUUUCUGGGGAGAAAUGAAGAUGGCAAGGGAAGAUGUCCCUUUGAUCCAGCACACAGCUACACGUCUGUGCUCGUGGAUGGAGAGCUGUAUUCUGGGACGUCGUACAAUUUUCUGGGAAGUGAACCCAUCAUCUCCCGAAACUCUUCACAUAGCCCCCUGAGAACAGAGUACGCGAUCCCCUGGCUCAACGAGCCCAGCUUUGUCUUCGCUGACGUGAUCCGGAGAAGUCCCGACGGUACGGACGGUGAGGAUGACAGGGUCUACUUCUUCUUCACGGAGGUGUCGGUGGAAUACGAAUUUGUUUUCAAGCUGAUGAUCCCCCGAGUGGCCAGGGUGUGCAAGGGGGACCAGGGCGGCCUGCGGACCCUGCAGAAGAAGUGGACGUCCUUCCUGAAGGCGCGGCUGCUGUGCGCCCAGCCAGACAGUGGCCUGGUCUUCAACGUGCUGCGGGAUGUGUUCGUGCUACGGGGCCCGGGCCUGAGGGAGCCAGUGUUCUACGCACUCUUCACCCCACAGCUGAACAACGUGGGGCUGUCGGCCGUGUGCGCUUACAACCUGUCCACGGCAGAGACGGUCUUCUCCCGUGGGAAGUACAUGCAGAGCGCCACGGUGGAGCAGUCCCACACCAAGUGGGUACGCUACAAUGGCCCAGUGCCCGCGCCACGGCCCGGAGCGUGCAUUGACAGCGAGGCACGGGCGGCCAACUAUACCAGCUCCCUGAGCCUGCCUGACAAGACACUGCAGUUCGUCAAAGACCACCCCCUGAUGGACGACUCAGUCACCCCGAUAGACGGCAGGCCCCGGCUGGUCAAAAAGGAUGCUAACUACACGCAGAUCGUGGUGGACAGGACCCAGGCCCUGGACGGGACUGUCUAUGAUGUCAUGUUUCUCGGCACAGAUCGCGGGGCCCUGCACAAAGCUGUGAACCUUGAGAACGAGGUGCACAUCAUCGAGGAGACCCAGCUUUUCGAGGACUCCGAACCAGUGCAGACACUGCUGCUGUCCUCAAAGAAGGGCAGGAGGUUCGUCUACGCGGGCUCCAACACAGGUGUGGUGCAGUCACCGCUGGCCUUCUGCGAGAAGCACGGCAGCUGUGAGGACUGUGUCCUGGCGCGGGACCCGUACUGCGCCUGGAGCCCAACCGAGUCCGCCUGCGUCACUGUGCACCAGGCUGAGGCCAGCAGCAGGUCAUGGAUUCAGAAGCUAAAUGGUGACGUGUCCUCGUGCCCGGAUAAGAUUAAAGAAAGUUACCGGCAGCGCUUUUUCAAGCACGGCGACACGGCGGAACUGAAAUGCUCCCAAAAGUCCAGCCUAGCCCGGGUGGUGUGGAAGUUCCAGAAUGGUGUGCUGAAGGCCGAGAGCCCUAAAUACGGCCUGGUGGGCAGGGGAAACCUGCUUAUCUUCAACCUCUCGGAAGGAGACAGCGGCGUGUACCAGUGUCUGGCGGAAGAGCGGGUCCGUAGUGGGAUGGUCUCCCAGGUGGUGGCCAAGCACGUGCUGGAGGUCAAGGUGCUCCCGCGGCCUCCACCAGCCCCCAGCUCGCCGGCCUCUCAGGCCACCCCCGGGGCACCUGCAGCAUCCACCCAGGGAGCUCCUGCCCCAAGCCUGGCCGCGAGGGCCACUGCCCCCGGGCCUGUCACCCCGCCACCUAGGCCUGUGCCCGCCAGCACAUCCUGCGUGCCCAAGCCUGUGGGGAACACGGUGCCGCAGUGGCCCUCGGAGAAGACGCUAUACCUGAAGUCCAGCGACAACCGCCUCCUGAUGUCACUGUCGCUCUUCCUCUUCCUGCUGCUCCUCUGCCUCUUCUCUUACAACUGCUACAAGGGCUUCCUCCCUGGGCAGUGCCUCAAGUUCCGCUCCGCCCUGCUACUAGGCAAGAAGCAGCCCAAGCCUGAGUUCUCGGACCUGGAGCAGAGCGUGAAGGAGACACUGGUAGAGCCCGGGAGUUUCUCCCAGCAGAACGGUGAGCAGCCCCGGCCCGCGCUGGACACCGGCUACGAGACAGAGCCGGACACCAUCACCAGCAAAGUCCCCACGGACCGGGAGGACUCGCAGCGCAUCGAUGAGCUCUCCGCCAGGGACAAACCGUUCGACGUCAAGUGCGAACUGAAGUUUGCAGACUCGGACGCAGAUGGAGACUGAGGCUGUGACCACAUGAGUCUUGCAGUCCUUUUGUGAGAGUUUCGUGCUUAGCCUGUGGAGUAACAGAGUCUCCGUCUCGUCACUGUGCCGUGGCCCUUCGUCUUGUUUGCUCCAGGUGGAGCCUGUGACUUGUCCCUCUUUUGCUUUGGGAAAACAAACAUCGUGUCCAGUCCUGAGGCCUGCAGCGGGGUGGGGCAUGGGGCCUCGGUGGGUGGCCCUGGUGUCCCUGUGCCCCUGAGGCAUGGCUCAGGGGAGAGGGCGGCUGCUGACUACCGACUGAGCGGGGCUCCUCCUGUGUCCUCCUUGAAGCAGCUACCAGAAGAGAGUUUCCUUCCCAAUUGGAAAUGCGUUUUCAUUUAUCAGAUUGGUAACCAGUGCCUGCUGUCCAGACUGGCACGGACCUUUUCUUCCACUCAGUUGUUUCUAGGGUUCUGCUUUGAUUGUGUUGGGUCUUAGGUGUUUUUCUUUUCAUUACUGAAGCACACGUUUUAAUAUUUAGAAGGAAACGUUCAUCCUCCAGGUUUUGUUGUGUACUGGAACGUGGCUUAUGUUGCUUAUGAUUCUCAGGGAUAGACUUACUUUUUGCUCAGUGUUCUUUCUGCCUCUAGAAGUGUCGACCUAAAUACCACAGCUCUCCAGCCCACUCACCCUUUUACUUUCCGCUUUUUACUGUAUUCCUUAGAAGCACCCUUUUCCGAGACAUUUUAUUUCCAUACUUUUUAAAACUUUGUCGAAGAGGAGGACUGUCCUGCACCCAGGCAGCUGGCGGGUGGCCAGGGUGGCCAUGGGCCCUGGUGAGUAGGCUGCCUCAAGGAGCGGCUGUUUCGCCCACCUGUGGCUGCCAGGUGUGCCCUCCCUUCCCGGGGGUCCUGGGUUCUAUGAACACCUCCCCUCUCUUUUUGCUUCGGUCUCGUCCCCACUGCCACCCAGAUUUGGUCCUCAGCCCCGCAGAGCUAUCCCCUCAUCCCGGAAGACAAUGGGCCCUGGCCACAGGGCUGGCACACGGGGCCCUGUCCCAGCCCGGCCUCUGCUGCCGGUGUUAAGGAUGUGGACAAGUGGUGUGACAUUAACCUGUGUGUUUGUGUUGCUCUCAUCUCCUGCGUUUUAAGUUCUCGUGCAGAGGAGGACUUCUGUUCUGUGGCAGAGAACAAUAAACUGGAUUUCUGUGUGCCUGUGUGGACGGUCUCCCCUCUCGGCAUGAUACGAGCUCCCAUCUGGGUGUAAACUUUCGUGUUUUAUAAGAUUUACUUUGUUUUUAUUUUUCUAUCUUGACUUGUAUACAUGUGGAAACACCUGAAUAAAUGAGAGGCUUCUA